AUGGAUACUAAUUUCUAAAUAAAAAUUUAGACUUUCAAAAGUCUUAAUGAACCACUUUCAAUAUUACCAAGAACAACUACUCUUUUUUCUGAUUUGUUUAAAUCAAAAGACAACAAAGUUAUUAAAAGAAAAGUUUUUGAAACUAAAAAGGAAUGGUUAACUUGGAGGAAUAAUGUAACUUAAGAACUAUUAAAUUAAAGAAUUCUAUCUUCUAAAUAUCCAAGCAAAGUGUUAACCAUUUUAAAUUACACAGUUUAAAUAAAUAAUCAUCAAAGAAAUUUGUAUAUAACAUAUGAUUGUGAAGUUGAAGCAGUACCAUUAUUUUAAUACUUGAAUGAUAACUCUGUUUCCUACUAAGAAUAAGUACAAAUAUUUGAAUAACUAUUACAAAUUGCAUGUAUUUUGUUUAAAUCUCAAUUUGAACAUACAAAUCUUAAACCAAACAAUAUUUUGUAUUACAAAAAACAAGUUCUUUUGACAGAUUUUGGAAGUGCAAGAACUCAUUAUUAAAAUUUUAUAAAAGUUUAUACCUCUUAAGCUAAGAAAGAUUGGUAGAAUAAUUUAAUAUUCUUCUAUCCAUAAAAAUAUUAAGAAAUAAUGAAAGAUGAUAAUAUAGAUUAUAGAAAUUGGAAUGAAUUAGAUUUUUCUGAUUAAAAAUUUAGAAAAAGUAUUGACACUUGGGCACUAUCUAUGAUGAUGAUUCAAGUAUUUGAAAAUAAUUAAAAAUUGCCUGAUAAAAUAAUAAAUUAUUAUGGUUUAAACAAUUAAUUGUUACUUCAGAAAAUUGAAAAUCUAAAAUAGUAUUCUGCUGGCAUCUUUUCUUAAGCUAUCUAUUCUUUAUUGAUUGAAAAGAAAGAUCCUGAAAAUGUAUAUUAGACUUUUAUAAAAUCAAAAUAAAUGGUUAAUACUGAAUCAUCCUUUAUGGAAUCAACUUUUAUAAUCAAAUAGAUUUUUGAUCAUGUGAAUGAUGAUGCUAUUUCAAUUCACUCUUAUAAACCAGAAAAUUAAUAUUAUCUUGAAAAAUAAGAAAUUGAAAAACUUUAACAUUAAUCUUAACCUGGUGAUGAUGCCUCAAGUGUUAGGACUACAAAUCAUUUAAUUGAUAUUAUUAAUUAUACUGAAUAAAAACCAAAAGGUAAUUUAACCUUAAUUCCAAUUUAAUUACCUUCAAGUCGAAAUUAUUCAGCUAAUUCAAGAAAAAUGCCAUAAACUUAAAUUUAUGAAUUUAAAAAAAAUGAUAAUCCAUUAGAAGAGUUUAAUGAAUCUACAUCUAAUAAAGGAGAUAGAAGAAUACCGACUAUUAUUGUAACAAAUUAUGAAUUAAACACAUAAACUAAUGAAGGAAUUUAAAUUGAAGAUAAUUUAAUUAAUAAUUAAAAUCAAUAAUUUAUACCAAGUUAAUCAUAAUUUCAACUUAAUAAUGAUAAUACAAUUCAAUUUAAUCCAAUAAAUCUGUAACCAAUUUCAGAUGAUAAUAAUGAAAUUACAAGUAUUAACACAUAAUAAUUAAGAAAUGAAAAUGAAAGAACAGAUCAAUUAUAAAUUAUUAAAUUAGUAUAAAUUAAUGAGGUUGAAUAAGAUACUCAUAACUAAUCACCAAUUAUUAAUUAAAAUUAAACUUAACCAUUUUAAUUUUUAGAAGUUUAAUAUUUGAAUAAUAUUCAUGAUAAAGUUCCAAUAACAGAAAAUGAUAAACAAGUUACAGAUAGUGAAUUUUAUAAGGAAAUGGUAACAAAUGAUAUUCAAAUCAUAAAAUCUUAAAUCUAUGGAUUGGUAGAAAUUGAAGAUAAUUAAGAUAUUGAAAGUCAAAUUAACAGGAAUAGUAAUUUAUUUAAUUUUAAUCAGAAUGAAGAAAAUUAAUUAUUGGUUGAGAUUACUAAUUAGGAAGAUAAAGUUAAUGUAGAUUAAAAUAGAAAUUAAUAAUAAAAAACAAUAUAUGUUGUCUAAAAUGGGUAAAAAUAACCAGUGAUUCCUAUUUUUGAAGUUCCAGAAUAUAAUUUAAUAGAGUAGAAUAAAACUAAUCCAUUCUCUAUAUAAAUAAUAAAGCAUAUAUUAGAUGAUGGGGUCACUUAAUUAUAAGAUCAAGAAUAAAAAAAUAUAUUGGAGUAAUUAAAAAUGAUUUAAAAAAUUUUCAUCAAAAUAGAUUAGAAGAGGAUUGAUCCAACAGAAAUCUUAGAAGAUGAAGAAAUUUAAGGAGAUUAUUAAUAAAUAAAGUAAUUUACUAUUGAGAUAGAGAAUCAAGAACAUAAUGAUAAACUUAAAUUAAUUGAAGAUGUAAAUGAUGGUAUAGGAUUUAUUUUAAAAAAAUAAGAAGUUGAUAAGAUUUUCGAUAAUAAUGAAAUUGAGAAUAACCCUCAUAUACUUAAUAUAUUAAAUGAAGAUUAAUUAAAAUAAGUUAAAGAGAAAAUAAUAGAUAAUAAGAUUAUUAUAAAUUAAAUAUAAUAAACAAUAGAAGUAAAAGAUGGAUUAAAAAAAUUAAAAAAUAAUAAAACAAUAUAAAAUAUUAUAAAAGAAUAAGAAAUUGGCUUACUAAAUAAAGAAGAACUUAAGAUAUAUUAAAAUUUAAUAUAAAAUAUUCCAAAAGAUAAAAGAUUAGCUAAGAGAAUAUUAGUUUAAUAAUCAGCAAUUGAGAGAAGGUUGUAAGAGAUCAAGAAAUAGGAAGAGGAAGAAGUAAUAAAAUAAAAAUUGAUUGAUUUUAUAAAGAAUCCUUCUUACGAUAAAUUGUUAUCUAAUGAUGACUUAAAAAAAUUAAAUGAAGAAGAAAGAUAGAAAUACAAAAAAGUCUUAGAAACUUUUUAAUAUAAAGCAUAGUAAAGAUAAAAGAAAUCAAUACAAGAAUAAAUUGAUUUUAUAAAUCAAUAAGAUAAAAAGAAUAAAAAAUAAAUAGGAGAAGAUAAUGAAAAAUAUAAUUAAAAAUAAUAAUCUUCAAAGAAUAGCAAUAAUAAUAAGUUUUCAGAUGCAUAUAUGUAAAUAAUAAAUAAAUUAGCUGAAGAUAAUAAUGGUGAGAUUUAUUCAUGUAAUAAAUAUAUCAAAUAAUUUUAAUUAUUUUCAGUAUCAUAUUAAAUUUAAGAUUAAAUUCCAGAAGAUUGUUAAAGAUAUUAAUAAUAGAAUAAAAAUAGGAAAGUCUUAUAUUUUGAUUAUAAAGGUUCAAAAUAUAAAGGUGAAACUGUAAAUGAUUAACCUGAUGGAAUAGGAAUAUUGAGAAAGAGUUUAUUUUCAUCAAUUUAUAAGGGGUAUUUUAAAUAAGGUAAAUUUUAUUGGGGAUAGGUUUUAGAAAUGAAUGAUUAAGGAUAAUUGACAUAAUAUAUAGGAUACUAUAAUUAAGAAUAUUAAGUAAAACAUGGAAUGGGAAAAUUGAAAUGGUAUUAACCUUAAAAAAAAUAGUUUUGUGGUAAUAUUUAUAAUUUUAAUGAAUAUGAAUUUUAUGAAGGUAAUUUUGUUUUUGGAUUUAUUCAUGGAAAAGGAAAGAAAAGAUAUGAUGAUUAAUCUGAAUAUGAUGGGGAAUGGAGGAAGAAUAAGAAAGAAGGAUAAGGUAUGUUAAAGAAAGAGAUAGAAUUAAAUAAUUAAUUAAAAAAGAAAGAAGUAAAGUUGAAAAAAGUAAUAAUUUAUGAAGGAUUCUUUAAAGAUGAUGUUUUACAUGAUAAAAAUGUUAAAGUUACAUAUAAAGAAGAUAAGAAACCAGAUUUGAUAGUUGAAGGUGAAUUUAAAAAUGGUAAGCCUAUAGGAUAACAUAAACUAAUUUUCAAUAAUAUAGUUUAAAGAUAAAUUGAUUAUUGA